ACUUCAUCAACACUUCAAACACAACUACUUCCUUAAUACCUAGAAGAAGCUCCUUCUUCAAACUUUCAUUCUCAACAUCAUGAAGUUUCGGGUCACUCUCCUCUCACUUUGGUUCUUGGCCACACUCAUCGCAGCCUCACCAGUUGCAGAACCCUCGGUUGCCAUGUCGAACUCCACUUUCGAAGAGAAACAUGGAUGUCCAUCUCAGGGCUGCCCGCACAACUCUGCUAGCUCUAUCUUAGGCUCAAGCUGCUUGGAGGCGGUCUAUGGAGCCCUCAUCGUAUCUCUUGCUGCGUUGGUUUGAUAAUGGGUUAGACUGGAUAUGGAGCAAUGCGUUUCGACACACUAUGACAGACAAUGCCACUUAGCAUCAAGUGGAGACAAUAGAUCCGCAUAUGUGUCAUCUUCUGGGAGUUCCAAGUCUUGGUUUGUGAUGACGGC